AUGAGCGAGCUAAAGAAACGCUCAGCUGUCGAGUGUUCGGGUGACCUGAAGCGCCACACGGCGCAACCGCCCAAUGAUGAGGAGAACUUGGUGUUCGAGGACCCUUUUGGAGACGACGUGGAAGACGAGGAGAUGGUCGAGAGCGACGACGAGAACGAGGAGGUCGUGGACGGGGAACGAGCUGCUGAUAACGACGUGGACAUGGAAGGGAACGAGCAGACGGACAAGCAAGCGAAGAAGGUGUUCAUGCCUGGCGUGGACAAGCUGCAGGACGACGAGGUGCUGGACUACGACAGUAGCGCCUAUGACAUGUACUACGCGAUGACGGCCGAGUGGCCUUCGCUUAGCAUUGACGUCGUGCGCGACGAUCUUGGUCCUAUGCGGUCUCGCUUCCCGAUGACGAUGUUUGUGGUGGCUGGCACACAGGCAACCGACACUGAUGAGAAUCACAUCACAGUCAUGAAGAUGUCGGAGCUGCACAAGACCAAGCACAACGACGACUUGGACUCGGACGGUGAAGACUCUGACGACGAUGACGAGACCGAAGGAGACCCAGUGCUCGAGUCCCGUUCUAUUCCACACACUGGUGGCGUCAAUCGUAUCCGUUGUAUGCCGCAAUCUUCGAAUAUAGUCGCCACCUGGUCGGACCGCAAAAAGGUCCACCUUUGGGAUAUCAGCAAGCAACUCGAGUCGCUGGAUGGCAAGGCGAGUGCUGCUUUGCCAGCCAAGCAAGCACCUGUUUACACGUUCUCUGGACACGCUGAUGAAGGUUUUGCCAUGGACUGGUCUUCGGUGGAGACCGGUCGACUCGUGACGGGCGACUGCAGCAAGUUUAUCUAUCUCUGGGCCAACUCGGAGAGUACGUGGACUGUUGACAAGGUGCCGUUUACAGGCCACAAAAGCUCAGUAGAGGAUCUGCAGUGGAGCGUCACCGAGGCGUCAGUGUUCGCGUCGUGCUCGUCCGACCGCACUGUUCGAAUUUGGGACACCCGGCGGAAGGCUGGAAGUAUGCUGGAUGUUGCUGCGCAUGAGGAUGAUGUAAAUGUGAUCACGUGGAACCGGAACGUUGCGUAUCUGUUGGCGUCUGGCUCGGACGAUGGCUCAUUCAAGAUUUGGGAUCUUCGUAACUUCAAGAGCGAUAACCCAGUGGCGCACUUUAGGUACCACACGGCACCAGUCACAUCGAUCGAGUGGCAUCCGACCGAUGAGUCGGUACUUGCUGUGUCUGGUGCUGACAACCAGAUCUCGGUUUGGGACAUGUCCGUAGAAGAGGACGCAGAGGCUGUUGGGCCUGUUGAUGGCGAAAACGGCGAGGCCAAACUGGACUUGCCACCGCAGUUGCUGUUCAUCCAUCAGGGUCAGACUGACAUCAAGGAGCUGCAUUUUCAUCCGCAGUGCCCAGGUGUGCUCGUGAGUACAGCUAGCGACGGCUUCAAUGUGUUUAAGCCCGCUAAUAUUUCAUAA